GCUAGGCUAUCGUUUUGUUGACACUUUCUCUACAGUUCAAUAACCGAAGUAUGCUGGUUUUAACUCUACUCCUCGUCUCCGGACUACACUCCUCUCUCUGCACCCUAGCGGGGAGUUUACAACAAGACUCUGAAUGUAAGGGUGAAUCUUGUCAGAAGAAUGCUGAGUUUGACGUGUCCUCUGAGGGAAGGUUACAACCUACCGGCUUGUUUGUCAACAUGAUGGAGGAGGUGGAUUUUUCUGAGAUCCAAGUUGUGGAGGGGGAAAUCCCCGAGUGGCUGUCUGGUUCCAUGUACAAGGUGGGAGUAGGGGCCUUUGAUGUGGGAUCACGUCGAGUUAACAACGUUAUCGACGCUCUCAGCAAGGUUUACCGAUGGAGCUUUACACCUGGCAAGGUGCCAACAUUCAGCACCAAGUUCCUCAAGACGAGCAUUUACAAUCGGAGUGUGAGCCUGGGGGAGCUGGUUCCUCACCGAGUUGUAGGAGACAUCCUCCCUCCUAUCACCUCUCUGGAGAAACUGAGGAUGGCUUUGUGGGAUCCCAGCAGGGACAACAACAACAUCACCCCCUGGAAGAUAAAGGGCAGGGACGGGAUCACUGUAUGCGGAGAGAGCCCUCUGGUGUUUGACGUUCAGAACGUCAACCUGGAUCAUAUGGACAAAUACAAGUUCUUCAACAAGGGAAAGUUUGUUAAAGAGUUCAUGUCAGCGUCCCACUAUGCGAGACAUCCUACAACUGGAGAUAGUUACAACCAUGUGUUCAUGACGGGCUAUGACAAGGGGUUGUUUACAGGAGUGGAACCUGGUUAUGAGAUGAUCAGGGUCACUGAGGACCCUGACGGCAGAGCUGUUGGCAAGGUGGUCGGUUAUAUUCCGAGUUCUCUAAAUGACAUCAGGAUCAUACACUCUCUGGGUGUAACGGAGAAUCACGUGAUAUUACCUCGGUUGAGUCUGAGAGCUGAGCUGAACUCAACCACUCAUGUGUGCUCUAACAUUGUGUUUGACGACAAAGCCCCCACAUAUAUACACGUCAUGGCGAUCAAGGACGGGAGUUUCAAAACGUUCGAGUUCCCGCCCUUUAUCUCUGUUCACAUCAUUAACUCAUUCGAGCGGGUAAACGAGAACGGAGAGACGGAGAUUGUGGUGGAUUACCCUACACUGACCACAAUGGAGGGUUUCAAUCACGACAGGUGUUACUACGAGAUCCUCAACAUAGAGUAUAUGUUGAGCGACCAGUUCAGCUACAUGAAGGACUUCAAACCGCUGAACGACGUGACCAUCAGGAGAUUCGUCAUGAACCUGGCCACAGGUAAAGGAGAGGUGAUUGACCAUCCUAAAACGUGGCAACCACAACUUCUACACGUUGAUUUCCCCUUUGUUAACGACAACUUCCGCGGGAAACCCUUUUGUAUUGUCUACUUCCAUACUAUACAGUGGGACAAUAGAAAUGCAAUGGGAAUCCUGAAACUGGAUCUGUGCAAGCAGACCUCUGUUGGUUGGGAUGAUCUGAACCUGUUCCCGGUGGAGCCGGUGUUUGUCCCCCGGCCUGGUGGUACCGAGGAGGAUGAUGGUGUUCUCCUGUCUCCAGUCUACGACCCCAGGACAGAUGGAUCUGAGCUUUACAUUUGGAAUGCGCGGAAUCUGAAAGUUAUUGCUAAACUUUCCUCACCGGUUCGUGUCCCGUGGACUAACCAUGGUAUUUGGCUGCCCGAAGAUUAAAACAAUUAGCGCUCAAGAAGGAUUUUUUACAGUUAUGGAUUGCUUAUUUAAUUAAAUUCAAUUUUCGGUAAUC